AUGGUCUCGGUAGCAACGCCGCCACCUCCUUCCCAGCCGCAAGCCAUGGCGCUGGUUUCGCCGUGGACCGGCAGGCUUGCGUCGGGUGCGGCAGGCUUCGUCGCGGCUUUAAUCGCCGUCCUUGCCACGUGUCACGCCGUCGACAAUUACUACAUCCUACGCCCGCCCGCGUUUUGCGCCGACACAUACGAUCCGCGCUAUUGUGUGGAGCAGCUCCGCGACGUGCGGCGGAAACUCGGCGUGCUUCCCGCUCCGACGAGUGAGCUUGCGCCGGGGCUCGUCGCGAACAUUACGGCGGGAAUGCAGCGGGUGAUGGCGAGAGUAUCCGCGAUAAAGAAGAGCCGCGGUACCGCAAAUAUGUCGGGAGCCGUGACAACCGACUGUCUCGAUCUGACCACCAACGCCUUCUAUCAUCUCGCCAAGGCCGCCGAGGCGCUCAAAGCGCGCACCAACGACGAGGACGUGCCGUUUUGGAUCACGGCGGCGCGCGAUCAGCUCGUCACGUGCCUCGACGGCAUCUGGGAAUUUUCCCUCGACACCUAUAAGUCGCACGCAGGAAAAUCGUUAGAAUCCCACGGCAAGAAUCUCAAGAAAUCGUUCGACACCGCCAUCGCCCUCGCGCUCCAAUCCGUCGUGAAAUCCGCGCCGAAGUCGCCCACCCCGAGCCGCGAGACUCUAGAAGGCGGCGGUCCGGGGGAGCCGCCUUCGUGGGUUGAGGCGGGGAUGUACGAGCGGAUCAGAGAGCUUCAGGCGCGGAUGCAGGGGGAUCACGCGGAAGCGCAAGCGUGGGCGGAGCGCGGGCGGAAGCUUCAGCUGGCGAAGGUGAAAAAGCUGAAGCCGAACGCGGUGGUUGGGAAAAACGAGAAGUACAAGAAGAUAAACGACGCGCUAAAAGCAGCUCCGAAAACGGGGCUGUAUGUUGUGUACAUCAAGGCGGGGACGUAUAAGGAGAAGGUUUUGGUGAACCGGGAGGGCGUGAUUCUGGUGGGAGACGGCGCGACGAAGACGAUUAUAACGGGGAAGGACAGUGUUGCUGGUGGAUUCACCACAUACAACACUGCGACAGUCAGUGUGAAGAAAAACUAUUUUCAGGCAGCGGGAAUCAAGUUCGAAAACACUGCUGGAAUUCAGGGCAACCAAGCCGUAGCGCUAAUGAUCGACGCGGAUAAGGCAGUCAUUUACGACUGCUCCGUUACAGGCUAUCAGGACACUCUCUACACUCACUCUGGCCGCCAGUACUACAGAAACAGCUUCAUUUCUGGUAUCACGGAUUUCAUUUUCGGAAAUGCUGCUGCGGUCAUUGACAACUGUACGAUUGAGAUGCGCGCGGGGAAAUCGAACAUUCCGAUUACCGCGUCGGGCAGGGAGACCGAAACGCCCACGGGGAUCGUGAUUCGUUACUCGUUUGUAACAGCGGAGAAGGGUGUUACGAAUGGUUACUUGGGACGCCCUUGGAAGAAAUGCGCGCGUACAAUCUACAUCAACACAUACCUUGCUAAGCAAAUCAACAAGGAGGGAUGGAGCACGUGGAACGGCGACAACAAGGGAAAGUGCGUGUACUACGCUGAGAAGGACAGCGAGGGACCGGGAGCGUACAAGCCGCGCGCCAAAUGGGUGAAGCCAGGGCAGAUCCGCGAUGGCAAGCCGUGGGCGCCUCAGCCGUUCAUUCAGCUAGGCGAUUGGUAUGACGAGAAGAAGGGAGUGAUCAGGUAUCCUCCGAAAUAA